AUGGAAGAAGUGAGGAAGACCGUCGUUCAGAUGCAGAGCCCUAUCAAGACUGAAUGGAAUUCCCGCUGUGUCCUUUUCACCUAUUUCCAAGGGGACAUUAGCAGCGUAGUGGACGAACACUUCUCCAGAGCUCUGGGCAAUGUCAAGAGCCCCCAGGGACUCAGCCCUUCCAGCCAGAGCGGAGAUGUGAUCCUGAGGAAUGAUAGUGACAUGCCUCCAAAUCAGUGGCGUUUCUCUUCUCAGUGGACAAAGCCACAGCCGGAAGUAUCUUUUGCAAAUGGUGCCGCCAGCUACAGCUUCAGUGGAUCCGGUCCCGUGGCUAUGGAUCAGUAUCCAGUGUCCCUGACCGGGAGCCCUUACAUUCAGCCUGGCGAGCUGAGGCAUUUCUCCUCCCUCGCCAGCUCCAGCUUCCCAGAGCCUGGCUACCCUUACGCCUUUUCCGCUGGGCACUGGGUUCCAGAGCCCCAGCCUGAUGGGAAGUAUGAGCCCCUCCUAAGUCUCCUGCAGCCAGAGAGAUGCCUAACCCAUCCGCAGGAAUCUGCCUCGUGGGAGGAUGGCCACUCUGCCCAGACGGCCAGAAGCAUGGGAUGGCUCUUCAACCUGCCUUCCGGCUCAGCCCACUUUAAGAAAAUCUAUUUCCCCCCUGAGGGUGGACUUGCCAGCGCCAGCCUUGCAGUUGAAAAAAGCCAGUCUCCAGAGAGAAGAAAAGAUCUGUUCUUUUACUGAACUCCGGUUUAAAGAAGAGAAUUCCUUUUUCCAAACCUGCUUAUGGUUUUCUACUGGGAAUCCAGAGGGUCUAGAGACAUCGCCGUCCUUAUCUCUUUCUGCCACAAAAGAGCACUGAGUCCAAAGCAAGUUUCUGUUCUCCCUGAAAUUCUAUACUUUUCCUUGGCACCUAUGCCCCCACGUUAGUUUUUUUUCUUUUUUAACUUUUUAAGCAUAUAAGAUGGUUAAAAGAGAUGUUCAGUGGUGGGGAGCAUAGAGGCUCACACCCCCUGCACCCACUGCCCUCCUACUUAGAAUCAGCCGCCUUACCCUCCAUCAGCUGGGCCUUCCACAUCAAGACUGACGGUGUGGUACCCGAUGGGGUGUCCCACUCUUGCAACUGAAUAGAGGUUCCAGGAACAGCCUGACACUUUCUAGCCUUAACCAGACUAUUUCCAUCUUCCCUCUUGCCUCUACAAAAAGCAAAAUGGAAAUGGAGUGGGCAAGACCCACUGCGAGUGGCUGGAGUCUGAAAGGAAGCUGAAAAGGUCUCAGGCUGGGCCUGAUGAAUGAGGUAGUCACUUUUCUGUAGCUCUUCCACUGUUAGUGACAUCGGGAAAAUAGUAACUUUCUUUUCGGCACAGAACCGUUGGGGCCACCAGUGUGGAUGCCCACGUGGGUCCAAGACUUGGGAGCAGGACUUCCCUGCAGAUUGUUCCAGAUGAAAUGACAAAUUUCUCCAAACUCCUUCAUCUCUCCUUCAUCUCUCCGACCUGAUAGACAGCUCACGGUCCGGUGUGAGCUCGGUACUUAGCCCUGACAAGCACACCCCAGUUGCUCCCGUGUAACAGCUCAAAGGGUGAAGAAUCAAAUGACAUUUUUGGAUUAUGCUGUUCUUAAUUCUAAAUUCUUUCACAUCCAUGAUCUCAUGCAAACUUCUCAGCAACCCAAGGAUUGACAUGAUUAUCUUCACUUAAUACAUGUGGAUACUGAGGCUUAGAGUUGGCCAGUGACCUGCCCAAGGUCACACAGCCAGCGCUGGAACCCGGGUCUGAGCUCAGGGCUCUUUUCUCUCCACCAUAAUAUUUAUCAAAGGUUACCAUCUGGGUGGUUCUUAGAUAUUUUGU